AAGAGCGUUGCGCUUGGGGGAAGGAGGGUAGAGUUGUUGGUGAGUGAAUCACAGGCGGUAGAAUAUGGCCGGACAAAUAUCGGAAUCUGAUCAGAUCAAGCAGUUCAAGGAGUUUCUUGGAACAUACAAUAAACUUACAGAAAACUGCUUCCUGGAUUGCAUAAAGGAUUUCACUAGCAGAGAGGUUAAACCAGAAGAGAUGACUUGCUCAGACCACUGCCUACAGAAGUAUUUAAAAAUGACACAAAGGAUCUCCAUGAGAUUUCAGGAGUACCAUAUUCAGCAGAACGAAGCUCUGGCAGCUAAAGCAGGACUGCUUGGCCAACCUCGUUAGACAAGACCACUUUGUUCAGACUUUACAAGCAGUGCCAGUGUUCACUGGGCAAAAACACAUUUUGGAUUUUCUACUGUCGGGGUGUACGUCCAGCAACCCAGAAGAGAGUUGUAGAUGCUCUUCAGAUAGUGGAAACCGUGAAGGGUUAAACACGGAGUUAGUCAUGCUGGAUUGGCCACGGAGUCUGUUUCUGAGGCCCUUUUUACUCUACAAUGGAGUAAUAUUGAUACAAACUUUUCCAGGGCCUGCAGAUGGGUACGUUUAAAUUUCAAGGGGGGGGGGGGAGGGUUAUACUUCCUUUCUGCUAGGACUGGUUCAGAUGGAAAGAGUGUACUAUGGGAAAUGCAGGUUUUUUUUAAUUCAAGUAAAAAUAAAUGGGAACUAUACAUCUGUA